AAACUCCCGCUUUUUAGUGACAAAGGAAAGGCAAUAUUUUCCUACCCUGCCGAAGUGGCCAGCAGCUUCAUUACUUCUCCUGCUCCUCCUCUCCUACCCCUCCUCGCUACCCCCGCCAAACCCUAACCCGAGCACCCAAUCCCUCCCCGUCUCCGGCCCCGCGGGCCUCCCAAGCUCCCGCUCUGAUCGUCCGAGCAGCGGCCGGGAUCCCCAAGGCUCCAGUUGGGUCCCGGAAGUACUUCAGUUCUUGGCGGGAGGCCGGGAAAUGGCGGAGAAGGAGGAGGGGAAGGUGGAGGGGGAGGAGACGGAGCGGGAGCGGGAAGGGGAGGUGGAGGAGGUGGAGGUGAAGUUCCGGCUCUUCGACGGCUCCGACAUCGGCCCCGUCCGCUGCAACGCCGCCGCCACCACCGUCGCUGCCCUCAAGGACCGCGUCGUCGCCGACUGGCCCAAAGAUAAAUCAGUUAUCCCAAAGACGGCUAAUGAUGUGAAACUGAUAAGCGGAGGAAAAAUUCUAGAGAAUGACAAGAACGUUGCACAAUGCAGAGCGCCUUUUGGUGAUCUUCCCAGUAAUGCUAUCACAAUGCACGUUGUUGUUCGACCAUCGUCAGCCAAAUCAAAACCAGAUAAGAAGGCCAACAAGUUGCCCAAGACCACUCGCUGCUCUUGUACCAUACUAUGAACUAUGAAGCUCGAGUCCACAAAACCGAUAAUAACCCGUAUGUCCACCAAAAAUUCUGCACACAUUUGAGCGGAAAGAUCGAAAAAGUCCAGCACCAUGCUCUGUCAUUCCCACGAUUCAGGGUGGCGAUGGAGAAAGAUGAGGUCCGUAUCUUGUAAUGUACUGUUGUAAUGGUAAGCUAGGUGCGAAGAGUCAGUCCCUCUGCCCUGCGGAUAGGGAGAUAGUUUGUCAUCCGGUUGUCGUUUUACGCUACAAAAUGUUCUAUAUGAUGUACAAGAUACACACACGUGCUGUUCUGGGUGUAAGACCUUGUUGAUUUACCUUGUCGAGUUUGGGCUGUGUGUCACAAUAUGAAUUUGAAAUUUGAUUGACUAA